CCAAACAAAAAGCGAGUGCGACAAAAACCGCGCGCAAAGUCCGGAAUUUAUUGCAUCGUCUUGCUUUCAUUAUCUGCAGGCUCUUCUACCAGGAAAGACUGUCGGUGCUGUUAGUCCGUUUAUUUUCUGAAUUUUAUAAGUUUCUGUAGGUAAAAGUCAGGUUUUUUGUUGUCUCCCGCGUACGUCUGAUUGCGUGCUAGUGCCUUCCGGUAAAAUUAUUCCUACAACGCUCGGUGUUGCUCGAUAAAAAUGGUUCUAAAAUCGAACAAAAUGUACGUCUUCAAGCGAGAUGGUCGCAAAGAAGAGGUCCACCUGGACAAAAUCACCUCCAGGAUUCAAAAGCUUUGUUAUGGCCUUAAUAUGGAUUUCGUUGAUCCCGUCGCAAUUACAUUGAAGGUGAUCAACGGGUUGUACUCGGGUGUGACGACCCAGGAGCUGGACAAUCUGGCGGCGGAAACUGCUGCCACUUUGACCACGGAACACGCCGACUAUGCCAUCCUAGCCGCUCGGAUUGCGGUGUCCAAUUUGCAUAAGGAAACCAAGAAACACUUCUCCGACGUAAUGCACGAUUUGUACAACAUGGAAAACGAGCACCUGAAAAAAAAGAUGCCAAUGAUAUCCGAUGAGCACUACAAGAUCAUCAUGGAUAACGCUGAUAGACUGAAUUCGGCCAUUAUCUACGAUCGUGACUUCGGUUACAACUACUUCGGCUUCAAAACUUUGGAGCGGUCCUACCUGCUUAAGAUCCGAGGCAAAGUAGCGGAACGACCCCAGCACAUGCUGAUGCGAGUGGCCAUCGGAAUCCACGGAACGGAUAUCGAAGCCGCCAUUGAGACUUACAAUCUGCUGUCGGAAAAGUAUUUCACCCACGCUUCACCGACUAUGUUUGCAGCAGCCACUCGACGACCACAGCUUUCGUCCUGUUUUCUGUUGACUAUGAGCGAUGAUAGUAUUGAGGGCAUCUACGACACUUUGAAACAAUGUGCGUUGAUUUCUAAAUCAGCGGGAGGCAUCGGGUUGAAUGUGCAUUGCAUCCGAGCGAAAGGCACUUACAUCGCUGGAACAAAUGGAAUCUCAAACGGCCUGAUCCCUAUGUUGAGGGUGUACAACAAUACGGCUAAAUAUGUCGAUCAGGGUGGAAACAAAAGGCCGGGAGCAUUCGCCAUCUAUUUGGAACCUUGGCAUGGAGACAUCUUUGAGUUCUUAGAUCUGAAGAAAAAUACCGGAGCUGAGGAUGUGCGAGCUAGAGAUAUGUUCUAUGCCCUGUGGAUUCCGGACCUGUUCAUGAAGCGAGUGGAGUCGAAUGAAGACUGGUGUCUCAUGUGCCCUCACGAUUGUCCCGGUCUGUCGGAUACCUGGGGCGAGGAGUUUGAGAAGCUUUACACCGGUUAUGAAAAGGAAGGCCGAUUCAUUCGCAGAGUCAAGGCACAAGAUUUAUGGUUUGCCAUCAUUGAAUCGCAAGUCGAGACCGGUGUUCCAUACAUGCUCUAUAAGGAUGCCUGUAACCGGAAAAGCAAUCAGCAAAAUAUCGGAACCAUCAAGUGUUCCAACCUUUGCACGGAAAUCGUAGAGUACUCCUCAAAGGACGAAAUUGCGGUAUGUAACUUGGCAUCCAUUGCUUUGAACAUGUUUGUCAAGCCAGAUAAAACAUACGACUUCCAAAAACUUCGAGAAGUAUCCAAAACCGCAACUCGCAACCUGAAUAAAAUUAUUGAUAUCAACUUCUACCCAGUGCCAGAAGCUCAAAAGUCGAACAUGCGUCAUCGCCCGAUCGGAAUCGGUGUCCAGGGUAUGGCGGAUGCUUUCAUACUGAUGCGUUACCCUUAUGAAAGCGAGGAAGCACAAAAACUGAAUCAACAAAUCUUUGAAACAAUCUACUACGGUGCCCUGGAAGCUAGCUGUGAACUUGCGGAAAAAGAUGGAACCUACGAGACGUAUGCCGGUUGUCCCGUUAGUAAGGGCAUUCUCCAGUACGACAUGUGGGAGAAGACUCCGACGGAUCUGUGGGAUUGGGCAGCACUGAAAGAAAAAAUAGCUAAACAUGGUCUCCGAAACUCGUUACUCCUCGCUCCGAUGCCUACCGCUUCAACAGCACAAAUCCUAGGAAACAACGAAUCCUUCGAACCUUAUACAUCGAACGUUUACAACCGACGAGUGUUGUCCGGAGAAUUCCAGGUUGUCAACCAUCACCUUCUGAAGGAUCUCACCGAGCUGGAUCUAUGGGACGAAGAUAUGAAGAAUCGUAUCAUCGCUAACAACGGAUCAAUCCAAAACAUCGAAGAAAUCCCGAAGGACGUUAGGGACCUGUACAAAACCGUGUGGGAGAUUUCGGUCAAAACCAGCAUCAAAAUGGCCGCUGAUCGGGGUGCCUUCAUCGAUCAGUCCCAAUCCUUUAACAUUCAUGUAGCCGAGCCGAACUACGGCAAGCUGACCUCAAUUCACUUCUUCGGCUGGAAGAGCGGCCUCAAAACGGGAAUGUACUAUCUGCGUACCAAGCCUGCUGCCAACGCUAUUCAGUUCACGGUCGACAAAUCGAAACUGUCCCAGGCAAAUCGACUGAACAGCAGCAACGCCGCCAUGGCUACCCCAUCAAAAAUGAACGGAUCCAGCAGCACGCCACGGAAGAUGAAUGGUACCAUGAAUGGAACCAUGAAUGGAGAGUCUUCGUCGCCAACUAAUGGCGAUGAGUCAGCUUCCCAGGUUAACGGAUCGUUUGCCGAGCGUAACCGGCGAAUGGCCGAGAUGGUUUGCUCCCUGGAAAAUAAAGAAGACUGUAUGAUGUGCGGAUCUUAGAUGGUGUAUGAUUAGAGCGUUGACGCUCAACUUAAAAUAACUUUAAGGUUUUAUGCUUAACUUUUCUCAUGUAUGUCCGUUUUGACAAUAUAUUAUAGUUACGAUUGUAAUUUUCAUCUUGUUCAGUCGUGUUGUAAUCCUUUAGAAUAAAUUCACUAGCCUUCUAUAUUCGCAUGUAAUUUCGGCUAUCCUAAACGUGAAGGGUGAAACCGAAUUUCUCGAAGUGCUAUUUAAAAAACAUCAAUUUAUUUUAAGGAAUUUAUUCUAUCUACCGGUUUGGUCAGAGUAGAUCUCUACCCAAAGACAAUGUUUCCGUGAGUUUUUAAAGCAAAAUUACCUAUAUUUUUCAUUUUAUUAAAAACAUAUUAGUAUAGGUUCUGAAUAAAAUAUAUUUGAUAAAAAAAUUUAAAA